AUGCGUGGUUUCGUUAUUAACGUGGAGAACCACCUCGGCCUGUGCGAUGGCGGGCAGGCUGCUGAGAGCCCGAUAGCUCUGUGCUGCUGCGCGGCACUUCUGGACAUCUUUGACACCACGAUUUUCUUCCUCCUCCACGAGCAAAUCUGGUGGUUCAAGACGAACACGGGCAUCCUCCUGCCCAACCACCUGGGAAAUUCGGAAAGGCCUGCCGGCUUUGGAGAUCAUAGACAAGCACAAAUCUUGCUUCUUUGCGUGCUUCUGAUUUUCAGAGCCUUGGCGCAGUUCUUUGUGGCCCAGCUGUCUGCUGGAGACUUCGGCUCUUCGAUUAAGAUCGAGACCUUCGGCCCGAACGACUUCAUCUCUCUCGAGAAGAAUUUGAACAACUUCGGCCCGGACGACUUGGUCUUCUACGGCGAGACGCUCCUCCAGCACUACAAGAGCUGUGCCUUUGACUGUGCCAACUUCCAAGAUUUGUGCAAGGGAGAAAGUUCAGGAAGCGCCUACGACCUGCACUUCGACGGGUCCCUCAACAACGCUCCUUCGGAGUGCUAUUUCCUGUUCGGCGUCUACGGCCUCUCCAUCGAACCGAUGGCGUCUUCGUCGUCUACUCCGAACAGCACCGGCGUCCCGCUGCAGGAGUUCAGGCGAGACUGUCCUCCAGGGUGGUCUCCGGGGCUCCCUGACUAUCCGCUGAGAUUGUUUUUCGACAAAUUAAAGCUUUGGCGCCAGAUCUUUGAUGGUGCUGACGAGCUGGUUGGUCGCUUGGUGGCUGGGAGAUUGCAGGGCAAGGCACAGCGCUUGGCCCUUCAGCUUCGUUUGCCGAGACCGGACGGAGGCGUGGACGUUGGGUCGGAUGCCUUGGUUCGGUUGUCAGUUGACGAGGUGAGAGACCCGACCAAUCCGGCCAUCAUCCUCCAGACGGCAAUACCGUCAGGGAUACAAUCACUCUGCAACUCUUUGAGGGAUGCCUUCGGCUUCUCCGACCAAGAGCUGGUGUCGAAGAGCAUAGAGGACUUCAUGGAAUUCCGCAGGGGCCGCAUGGCUUUCUCCGAGUUUAGCAUUGAGUUCGACAUGCGGCUCGAAGAGGCCACGACUCGCGCUGGCUUUGAGAUAAACGAUGUGGCGACGUUUUACUUGUUCUUCGAGGCUGCGCAGCUGCCCUCCAAGUUGGUAGAUGACAUAAAGCUGCAGAUCCAAGGUGACCUUGACCUGAGGCGAUUUCAAGAAGCCCGAGCUUUGGCAUUGCGUCUGGUUCACCGGGCGCAGGACAACCACGAUGCCUACUACAUGGGCGAUGAGGACGAUGACUGGGAAGACUCCUGGGCUGACGGCUGGUACGGAGACAUGUACUGGCAAGACGACGUGGAACCUUGGAUGGACGAAUGGCAAGAUGAUGCUGAUGGCUGGGAUGCUCCUUUGGAGGAGAGCUUUCCCACGCGCAAGGGCAAAGGCCGUGGAUGCUCGGUCUGUGGUUCAAAGUGGCACUCUGCUGCUAGCUGCCCCGUGAACAAUGGCAAGGGCAAAGGCGGCGGUAAAGGGCCGUCUAGCUACUCUGGCAGCAAGGGCAGCUAUGGCGGCAGUGGCAGAUACGGCAAGGGGUACGGCAAGCCUCGGAGUCAGAAGGGCUCUGGAUACGGCAAGGGGAAAAGCAAGAAAGCUUCCCUUGCUACGGAGUCAACCGAUGGCGCCACUGAGACCCCAGGCGAGGAACCAAGUGCCAGCACCUCGGUGGAGAAGCGUCUUGACUUCUCCUUUGCCAUGGGCAUCUUCUCUUCUCUGGAGAACUACCACACCGUGAAGGGUGACAAACGACGUGGUCUUCUGGUGGAUCCCGGUGCAGCUUCUGGACUUAUAGGUUCCGAGACACUCCGAGAUCUUCUGAGUGUGCUUCCGCAGGCAAAGCAAGAGGAGGUGACUUGGAACCACCAAAAGUCACACAAUGUGAGCGGGAUCUCCGGCAGCCCUGAAGCGACCGUGGGUGAAGUGACUAUACCGCUGACAUUGUCUGGUGCCAGUGGUGCUUACCGAGCGGACGUUCUUGGCGGCGAUGGCUCUUUGUGUCCAGCGCUGCUAGGCAAUCCAGCUCUACGUCGCCAACGAGCGGCGAUCCUCACGGACUACUUCGAGAAUGGUGAUGGUGUCCUUGUGGUUCAAAAGGCCGACCAAGAAAGACACUAUCUCCGCAUCCUCUUGACCGACUCCGGUCAUUACCUUCUUCCUGUGGAUGAUCAUUGCGAUUUUACCGAGCAGGAUGUCACCAAGGUGAGUGCGCAGCUUGGCAUGUUUGCGGCUGCUGUGCGAGAGCGCUGGCCUGAUGUUCGCCAUUGCUUUCUCCAACAAGCAUCCUGCUCAACUCCGGAACGUGAGCGGUGUGAACUACGACAAGAAGCGCAGCAUGGCCUCUCAGACACGAGUUCAACGACCUUCUCUUCGACUACCUCUGCCGCGGAGGCAAAUCUCAAAAAGACUGCCACUGCAAACAACCAUGAUGAAGAUACCUCAUGCACGACCACUGAGGAUCCCACGACCACUGCAAGCGCAUCCACAUGUACUACCACUGAGGAGACAAUAACCACAAAGACAGGAACCUCAGACACUACCACGGAGGAACCUUCAACUACUGCGACAGGUCGGGAGCUAGUGUUAGAGCUUAAUGACUCAGGCACGAGUUCAGCGACCUUCUCAACGACUACCUCUGGGCCCUUUCGUCUUAGCUAUGAUCACUGCAAGCCGUUUCUCGAGGGCCCAUUUGUUGGACGUGGACAUACUGCGAGCGACUCCUGGUCCAUCGAGGGGCACUGCCUGAUUAGACAUCAUCGCUUACCUCGACGAGUUCUGUUUACGCCAAAUGGCGCCAUUGACUGUCCUGUGGACUAUGAUUGUAUGACUGGGGAACGUGCAACGGUUCCUAACCGUGACCUUGGCUAUCUGUGGACAGGGGUUACCAAGUUUCGGCUGCGGGCUUCGGGCAAACCGUGCACUGCUGAGCAACUGGCCACCACCUUCCCGACAGGCUCUGAGGCAGAGCUCUUUCCGCGCUACGCAGGUGACCAGUUUCCAGAUCAUUGGCCUCCAGAGCGGAUUAAGAAGGCAAAGCAGUACUACCGCGCCAUGCCUGAGGAGUUCUACAGCCAGUCCGGCCGGCGGCCUAUCACCCCGCGCAACUUUGAUGUGUGGAUGAAGAAGACUCGCGGCCGCAACCUACGGCUCCAGUUCCAGGAGUUCUGUUCUGGCAGCGGCAGGCUAUCACUGCUUCUCCUUGCUGCAGGGUUUGCUGUGGCGUUUCCCGUGGACUACCGCUACGGCUGGGGCAUGACACUUCCUCGGAGGCUGGUGCCCGAGAUGCCGCGGCGCGCUGAGCUGCCGACCUUGUCCUUUCUUCAUGACACUUUUCUUUGGCAGCGCAACGAAGGCCGCGCCUUCACUCUGGAGCAACCUCGUGGUUCCUCCAUGUUCACAGACAGUCCCAUCGCUCGACUCUUUGAUCACGAUGGCAUCUUCAAACAACGUCUGGAUCAGUGCAUGCUGGGUGCUCAGGAUGAACUUCAACAACCUGUUCGUAAGGCUACGGCCUUCCUCAGUAACAGGCGCUGGCGCGCCAUUCUCAAGCGAUGCGGCGGUCACAAAGGCCGAGCCCACGGUGUUCUCCAAGGCCAGAUCAACGGGGUCAAUCGUACUGCCAUGGCAGCAGUCUACCCGCAGAAGUUGUGCAAGUUGUUUUCCCAGGAUCUGGCACGGCUUCUUCGUCAAGACGGUCUUCAUCGAUGUCCCGUGUGGCCACGGAGUCUGUUCUGGAUGCACGGCUUCUACUACUCCUGCGAGCGUUGCAAGUUCGGCCGUGCUUGUCCUCCGGGUGUUGAACACACCUUUGUUCCUGGAGAAUGUCGCUACGGCCAGCCGCAUCAUCAACCACAUGCAUCACCAGCGCCGCGCACGGAUGCUCGUGCGCAGGCAGGCGACCUUGAGGAUCCCACUGACCCUUUCAAGUUCCUGGCGCGCAGUGGGGACUACUCUGGCGUGGUCCUGGACGUCCACUCUAGCAUCGAGCUCCUUCCCGAAUCGCGGCUCUACUUGAAGGCCGCUCUCAUGCAGAUGGUCGAGGCUGGUCUGGGCAUCUUUGAGGAGGCCACCGCCAUUGAUUACGACCACUGGGUGGACGACCUGGUCUUGCUUCGCGUGGUCCAAGAUGCCUUUGCGCCGCACUUUCGCGUCUUGGCCAUCAUGCUGUCCCUGCGUCCAUGGACCCGGCGCACGCCAGAUCCUGAUUUGUCCUCGGCCUGUGCACCUCUACGUCUGCUUAUUGAAGGUGAUGUUCGUCGUUGGCGUGUGAACGCUGUUGAAGACAUGCGCCUGCUGUCGCACCAACAGUUGCACGCUCCUGUUGAAGAGGCCGACUGGCAUGUACACCUCUUUGGUCAUUGGCACGAUGAUCCUGAUGUUGACAGACAAGGCGCUCGCUCCUCUGCGGCGUCUCGGCCUGCGGCUCCUCUUGUUCCGGCCGAACAGAAAAAUGGUGGGGAUGAAUCCACUUCUUCGCGAACCAGGCGUCCUGCGUCGCCAUCUACCUCUUCGAGACCUCAAGCAGCCUUGGCGCCGCCUGAGAGUGCAGACCAAGAAGGGCGAGAGCAGGCUGAAGAAGAAUUCGCCAUUCGACCGGAACCUGGAGAUGAGCAACCAAAGACCUUGAAGCCCCUCUACGACUUCCGCAAGGACUUCCGCAACAUGCUGGUCAGAGCAGGUCUGGAUGGCGCCGUCCUCAAGUUGGCCGAGGAAGCGAUCAUGAACUGCUCCAUCUGCAGAAAGCAUGUCCGGCUUCCACCUCGGCCCCAGGUGAAGAUCGGAUCUCAGGCUUCGAGCUUCAACAGCAGAGUUCAAUGCGAUCUCUUCCAGUACAAGGAGACCUGGAUCCUCUUGAUGGUGGAUGAGGCAACCCGCUACAAGGCGGCGAUGGCCGUGAGCUCUCGAGAACACAACGACCUCCUCCAGCCGAUGCUGAAAUGGUGGUUCACGAUCUAUGGCCCUCCGGCGCAAUUGGUCCUUGACCAAGAGUCCUCCCUGAUGAGUCAUCAAGCAGGGAAAGAAUUGGAGCGCUUUGGGAUUGAGCGAGUUCCCAAGGGCACGACUGCCGGGCCAGCAGCGGCCCAACAUACAGGGACAGGACUCGCCGAAAGGCAUAUAGGACUUAUCGAAAUUACUAUGGCAAAGUUAGAGGCAGAGCUUGACAGGCAGGGGAUUGCCAUCGAGAUCGACGACCUGUGCAGGGAGGCAGCCACCGCGCAAAACUCCUCGUUAAACUAUGGGGGAGCAACCCCUGCGAUGUGCGUCUUCGGCAUCCUCCCUCGACCGUACUUUCAAGACGACGCAGACCAUGUCACUGCCAUUACAGGUGCCUUACAAACGGAUGUUACUCCCUUCGAACGAGCCAUCCGAGUACGGCAACUGGCACUCUCGAUGGUUCAUCAAGCAAUUGCUGAGGACCGAGUUGCUAGGGCCAACAAGACGAGACCACAGCAACUCCGGCUUGGAGAGCUGAAGCCCAGCGUGAGCUUGAUCGACUUCUACCGAGAAUAUCAAGGAGAUGUUGGAUGGCGUGGACCCGCCGAACUGCUCAGGCUCAGCCAAACCGAGGGGACUGCCAUCAUUUCAUACCAAGGCCGUCCAUAUCUGGUCUCGCUUCGGCGCAUUCGACCCCAUGCUGCCCGAGUGUUUGUGACGCUGAACCAGAGCCAGAAGGAUGACUUCCAAUGGUUCAAGAAGGUCCUUGAGACCCUCUCUCCGUACAAGGCGGUGACCAUCGGCUGGGUUCCCGAGGCCAUUUCCAAUCGCAACGUUGGUGGCAUCAUCAUGGGCCAAGGCAUCCGGACGGUGCAUCCUCCUAGGGGAACAGUUGGGGUCCUUCUGGUGUGGAAAGCGAGCCAAGACAGCUACGCUUGCCACGAGCACAACAAUGAUGACCCCAUCACUGUGAAGAAGGUCACUGCCAUCCCGAUCGACGAGGUGGCCUUCCUGUACCUCUACUUCGUUGUCACGGUGGACUAUGAGCCGGGGCCAUCCUUGAAGGUCGUUCCCUCUGAAGGUGCGAUAGACCAUCAAGAGCCCAUGCAGGUCGACAUGCCUGUCGAGACACCUAGUGAUGGCGAUGGACCGAUGGAUGUGGUACUGUCGUCGUCGAGAGUGACCACCCGGACCCAGCGCAACCUGGCGAACUUCUACUGGAUGAUGAGACAACGACAACUUGUCAAGUGGGACUUCCCCAUGACAUGGUACCUGCGUGACAACCACCACGCCAUUACUCAAUGGGAUGAGUUUGCUUGGCGGUCCGAGAUGCCAAGGUCCUCUCCUUCCACGACUACCAGCUUUCUCUUUACGUGGCCAGGCAAGAAGCACGAGACAUUGUUCGCGUCCCUCCUGGACGGGGAGAUCUACAAAGUGGAUGACGAAACUGAUAACAUCUCCGAGAACCAGGUGUAUGACAUAUGGCCCCAAGUGGACAAGGCGGAUGCGGAUGAAAUAAAACAAUUUGUUGACACCGGCAGCUUCAAGAAGGUCCACGUGCAGUCGAUUUCCAGCGACACAGUGGUGAUCGAUAGCGUGUGGAUUCGGAAGUGGAAGCGUCACCCUGACGGCUCACGACGUGUGAAGUCGAGAUUGUGCGCCAGGGGCUGUUUCGACAAUCAGCGGGACGCCCUGUCAACGCGCUCGACAACAGCCACCAGGCUGAGCCAACGCAUCCUUGUCUCCACGGCUGUGAACCAUGACCACGACACUGACGUCUGGAUGAGAGGAGUGCCGUCGCUGCUGGAUGAGAACUACUUCAUCUGGCGAAUGAAGGACAAUGACCGGGCAUCUGUGACCACUCACGUGGACGAUUGCGGGGCAGAGGGCCCACGCAAGUGGCUGGACGAGCAGUACAACCUUCUUGUCAAGAAGUUCGGCAAGGUCACGAGGCAGACGCUUCCGUUCACUCAUUGCGGUGUUGUGUACCGUAAGGUCCCUGACGGCGCACGCAUGGAACAGGAUGACUUUUGCCGCAAGCUGAAGAUGGUGGACAUCGACCAGACCAGGCGAGACGAAGACGACCUGACCUCUUCGGAGCUUACGUCUUUUCGGUCGGUGCUCGGAGGUUUGCUCUGGUUAACAGCCACUCGCCUCGACAUCGUUGCAGAGGUGUGUACCCUGCAAUCGAUGGUGACCAAGGCAAAAAUCAGUCACCUGAAGCAGGCCAACGCCGUUGUCAAACGAGCCCAAGCUGAGAUCGGACAAGGUCUCGGACUGUGCUACCGAAAACUGCGGGCUCCAUAUCGGUUGGCAUGCAUCCACGAUUCCUCUGCGGACAAGCUCAAGGGCUACGACUCCUACGAGCACGUCAUGGAUGACCACAUGACCCACAAGCUUGGUGGCAAGUGUCAUAUCUUGUGGGCGCACGGUGCCAAGGCAAAGAGAGUCUCCUACUCCACCUCUCAUGCCGAGACACUUUCGGCAGUUUCUGGUAUGGAGACUUCGACACUUGUGGCGGUCCGCUUGGCCGAGCUCCUGUACACUCCAAAGCCCCCGACGAUCCAAUCACUUCUUUUGCUCCAGGAGGGCGGUGUACCAGAGCUACCCUGCGAUGGGUACACAGACUGUAAAGAUCUGUUCGAAUUGGCAUCGGGAUCGUCCAGUGUGCCACAGGACAAGACACAGAGAUUGUAUGUCAUGUCCUUGAGAGAGGCUCGACUUUGUGGGCGUCAAAGGUGGCUCAUUCUCACGCCUACUGAGAGCAUGGUUGCGGAUGCUCUGACAAAGCCAAUGUUGGCUCCGCAGAUGAUGCAUCUUCUGAGUUCUGGGGAAGUGCUCUUCUACAACCAGGAGAAUCACAAGAUGACUCUGCGGCGUGUGCCAAAGAUCACGAUGAUCACCGAGGAUCACCUCACCAAGUCCGACAAGGAGCUGAUUCGUGACCUUCGGGUGACUACAUCAACUACGGCAGCCUGCAUGCUGAUGUCAAGGUCAUGGUGUUUCUGGGCUGUGGCGGCGGCUGCUGUGACUACAUCCUCGGCUACCACGAGUCCAUCCUCGUCUUCGACCACCACGAGCUCAUCACCUUCGGCUUCCACGUGCCCUACGCCAGCUCCGGACGACGGCUGGAUGUGGCUACUGUGGCUCACCAUCUUCAUCAUUGCUGCAGAGCACGGCUUCAUUUUCUUCUUCAAGUGGCUUUGGAAGGUGUUCUUUGGUGGCGAUGCCGCAAACCCAGAACCUGAUGCGGAACCUCCGGCUACUCCGAUGCCGCCUCCUGCACCACCACAACGUGGUCCUGAACUUCAGGCUGAAGCUCCUCCAGUACCUGCACGAGAAGUGGAUCCUGAACUGGAGGGACUUCGUGCACAGCUUCGCGAACAGCGACGUGAUCAUGCACAGCUUGCUCAGUUGUAUGAUCAACAGCACGACCGUGCUAAUCGUCUCCAAAGGGAGAUUGAUGCACACCAAGGGGAGUGUCCACUUGGCGCUGGCCCGCGCAUUCAGAUUGAGAGCCAGCUGCCUGGAACCAAGACGGGAAUGCGUUUGUUGUUGCUGAAAGGUGGAGAAAUGGCAGUGUUUCUGUUGCUGUUCUGCAGCCAUUUGGACAAUAUCCUGGAGCAUCUUGUUUCGGAACUGCCCUGCCUCGAGCAUGGCUCUUCGCGGCCAGCUGGGUGCUCAGUUGACGUGGGGUUGGUGGUGUGGUGCGGCAGGCGUGCCAGUAUGCCAGAGUGCCAGAGUGCCAGAGUGCCUUGCAUCUUGCUAAGGGUGACGCCCUUCGGGCCGUAUGGCGGCCUCUGCUGGGACUUCCUGCGCCGGGACCCGCAGCGGGAGCGCCAAGAAGAGACCCCCGAGCGCCUGGAACCCCUGGGAGCAGCGUCCGGUGCGGCCGACAUCGAGUAUGAGCAGUUCAUGAAAGCAAAAGAGGUGCAGAGGGCUAUGUUCCAGCAAGAGAACAAGACCAUCGUGCACCAAUGCGCGGACACAGACAUCAUCGAAGCUGCGCAAGGCUCGGUGGCGUGCAUCGACGGUAAUCAGGCAGCAGCUCACGUGGCCUACGCCCUCAGUGACUGUGCCUUCAUCUACCCGAUCACGCCGUCGUCACCCAUGGGCGAGAUGGUCGACGAGUGGGCCGCGCAAGGCCUGCUGAACUGCUAUGGGCAGAAGCUCAGCGUGACGGAGAUGCAAAGCGAGGCGGGCGCUGCCGGAGCUCUGCACGGAUCGCUGAAGGCAGGUGCCCUCAGCACCACUUUCACUGCCAGUCAGCCGG